UUCCUCCACAGCUCCAGGGUGAUGAAGAGGUUAACCCUGCCCCUCUCUGCUGCGCUCUCGUCCCACUAGUGCUGCUACCACCUCCUCCUCCAACCAGCUCUUUUUUUAAAUUCCUCCUCUCUCAGCAGCUGAGCGCAGAACAGACACGAACAUGUCCGAUCUGGACCUCUGAGGGCGUCCCCUCACCUCAUCCGCGGAGCGUUCCUGCCGGGCUGGCGACCGCAUGGGAAUCGAACUUUGCUCCAGUCCGUGGUUGUAGUCCGUGAACGGCGUUUUGCUGCUGUUUUUUCUUUUCUGAUUGCGUGCUCUCCUCAUGCGUCGGGAAUGCCAUGGCCACUCCGAGCGCACAGCAGCAGCAGCAGCAGCAGCAGGAUUACUUCAGAUCGGUGAGCAGCGACUCCACCACCUACAUGAUGGUCCCCACCGGCGGGCCGAGCGGCUCCGCGCGCCGGGAGACGCCGUCCAAGAUGUGGCUGGCGAUGGUGGUGAUCGUGGUGGUGGUUCUGCAGAUCGCUUCCACCACCGGACUCUUUGUCUACCUAAACAUGUCCAUAUCGCAGGUGCGUAGCCAAGGGGUGACAGAGGAAUUAAGAUGCUUGGGUUUACUGAACGCUCUGGACCAGGACAUUCCAGACCAAGUAGCCCAGCUGCUGGGAGAGCCUUGCAUCAAGCUGGCUGAAGGCAUCAAAGCCUACAUCUCAAAGGUGACAGAAAACAUCAUCUCCAAACAAACCUUCAUAGAGGCCAGAAAGAUGCCUCUUUCCUUCAACAACUCAAACUUCAUGAGCCAUGUGGUCCAGAGGCCAUCCGCCCACCUGACUCUCAGAGACACCACUUCUCAAGCUGGAGUCGCUAACCACGCAACCAUCUCGCCGGGCCUCCACCAAUCCUGUCGACAUAUGGUGCGCUCGUGGGCCAAUCAGAGUUUUGGGGCCCACCUCCACAAUAUGACCCUGUCCAAUGGGAAGCUGCGAGUGCCUCAAGAUGGGCGCUACUACCUGUAUUCCCAGGUGUAUUUCCGUUAUCCGUCUCCAGUAGGCAGCGAUGGAGACCAGCGCAGCGUCAGCCACCAGCUGGUGCAGUGCGUCUAUAAAAAAACCUCCUAUCCCAGCCCAAUACAGCUUUUAAAGGGUGUCGGAACCAAGUGCUGGGCUCCGGAUGCGGAGUACUCCCUGCACUCCGUCUACCAGGGAGGACUGUUCGAGCUAAGGGCCGGCGACGAGCUCUUCGUCUCCGUUUCUUCCCCCACCAUGGUCAACGCCGACGAGUCCUCCAGCUAUUUUGGCGCCUUCCGUCUCGACCUUUAAGGGAAGGAAGCGAGUGACCACAGAGUGGUGCUGGGAUGAAGAAAAUGAAACUGUGGCCUUUUUUUCCAAAAUCCAUUGAUUGUAAAGAGUUUUGAGCCAGGAUUUCGGAUCCUCAAAGUUUGCGUGGACGAAUACAGUGAAGGAGGGCUUUAAAAAUUCUGUUUUGACUGUUUAAUGCUGUAAGAGGAUGCGAUCAAAGGGAAAAAGAUGGGAUUUUUUUUUAGUACUUUUUGUUGAAAAACCCUACCCGCAGAGGCAAGAUGGACCAGGAAAAUCAAGAAGAAGAGGUCUACAGUCGGUUUUUAAUGAGGGAAUAUGGGAAAAUAAUUAAAAGCUUUAAACUGAAAAUUGAAUACCUUCUUUCAGUUGAAAUGUCCCUCAUGGGAACCCAGCGGGUAGCAUCCCAUAUGACCACUAAUUCCUCUAAAGUGCCUCUUUUUUCGAUUGGAUUCCCGAGGAAUGAACUCAUGGAGCCUCUACAUCAAAGAUGUGAGGAAAGGACUGUUGAACAGCAGCAGACAUCUUUCUAAUAAUCAAACCAAAGCAAACGUUUGUGGAUUAUGAGUGUGCCACCUGAGUGCAUGGUUCAGAAUAAGAUGAUGAUUUUUUAUUUCUUUCUAAAGUACCUUGACUGGACUGAAAAACCACUUUGCUGACUCUUUCCUUGCGACACUAAAACUGUGGAUUUUAUGCAAUAAGGACUGUGUUUUCUUGCGAACUGUACAGAAACUGGAAUAAAGCGCUCCAUUUUGGCCAGGAGGACGAUGCCCACAACACAAGGAGGCUGAAAGCAACAUUCAGCCCAACCAGUUUGUCUCCACACACUCCGCCUUGUCUAACCUGUGACUCAACAUUGUGUUUUAUUUUUAGGAACUGGCUCAGCAAACUCCAGAUCUGCAGAUCUGUGGUGAAUGAAUUGCGCAAAAAAAGUUGUUUACUGACAUUUUAAUGACUUUUGUUUUAUUAAAAUAACUUUUUAAAAUUUGUGCUGAAACAAAGAUUUUUUCAUGAGCACUACAAACGUUCAAGUAGGAAAAGUGGCAUCACGGUUUAGUCUUUUCUUUAUAAUGGGAAUGUGAAAGGAGUUUUAAGGACCGACUUGACAUUUGGGUGUUUGAAGUGGAUGGAAACUCCAAUGUUUUUUUUUUUUGUUCUGUUUCCUAUUUAUGAAGCGUUACAGCCAGUUUAUGCCUCUAAGUUGAACCGACUCCAAAUGUUGCACCAUAGCAUACUUUCUUUCCUCGUCCGCUUGAGCUCUCCCAGGAACAGAACUCCACAUUUGGUCAAUGCGGACCACAACAGCUGUGACUGAUUGGCUUUAUUCGAGUUACUUCAAAGUGCAUUAAAGUUCUACUACAAA